GCGGUCAAUGCAUUUAUUCUGCACCUAUAUAACAAUGGCUUUAAGGUGACUGUCCCUCAAGUGACCACAAAUGGGAAAUAUUUAUCGUUUCAAGACAUCCCAUCACCAGAUGAACGAUCAACACGAGAUGACAUUUUGAAUGAGGGGUCAGAGGGGACAUAUGGGGUCAGGCUAUUGGAGUUCAUAAGUGGGAAGCUGUUAAAGGAUGUGCCCUUUACUCCCGAUAUACUCACAGAAUGUGGUCAAGUGUUGGCUCAGAUGACGAUCGCUCUUCAGACAUUUGAGAGCCCAGUGCUAAGAGUUCGUACAUCCAGUUGGUCUCUACUAAGUGUGUUAGACGUCAGACAAUAUUUAGAUGCCGUCCAAAAUCUGGAGGACAGGGCUAUAGUGUCGGCCGCUUUAGAUGAGUACGAGCGCACAGUUAUGCAGCACCUGGAUGAGUUUGAGCACUCAUUCAUUCACGGAGACUAUAAUGAGAUGAAUAUCAUUGUCCACAAGAAUUCCGAUGAAUAUCACGUGAAGGGAGUCAUAGACUUCGGUGAUAUUCACUACGCGCCC